CGACUAUGCCUGACGUCGACUACAUAUUCUUCUAUCCUCAUCCCGACGGUGCCUACGACAUCGUCGUAACCGUUGCCGCUGCCGAUACCUUCCGCUUGAGCCAUUUGUGGAAACUGGCCAGGGAACAGGAACCGAGUGUCGCUAGCCACCUUGGCGCAGCAAAAUGCACGUUCUACGUUCCCUCAGAUUUGUUGAUCGAGCCGGACACCACAUUGCUCUCUCGCAGCCGACAAUGGCUUCUGCAGCACCGUCAGGACGAGGACAAGGUGGUCAGACUUAUCAAAGAGGUCCGUACAAUCUUCCCUGAUGGCCCAUCUCCCGACUUGGUGCAUUUUCUUGUUGUCACGGAAGAAGUCCUAGAGAGUCUGGAUGAACUGGGUACCCUCCAGGACCAGGCGCUCAGAGAGCGUGAAAAGCGCACUGAGUCAAUUCGGAACGAUGUUCCCCGGCCCUCUGCUGGUGUCUCGGAUUUUGCGGGCGUGCAAAACGUUGUUGUCAAAAAUGCCGACAAGUUUCAUGCUGGGCGACCUGCCGGAAACUAUGGUCCCCCUGCUUCCCUCUUCAACCAUGUUUUGGGCCGGUUUGACUAUCAUCUGCGCCACCUGGACGAUGACAUCCCUGAGAUCGAUCCUCCUCCGGCACUCAUCCGACUGGUGCAUUCACUCAUGGCAGCCGGGGCGCACAGCUAUCCAGUGGAGGAUGCCCGAGUGGAGGCUAUCAAGACUUCGCUCAGCGAGAUUUUCGCUAAGGAGCUGCAUUGGGAACCUUCCAAAACGCUUUACGGCGUUGCCCCAGAUGCUAUCAGUGUGGACGACCCGCCUUUCGUUGUGGUGGAGGUGAAGAACGAGGUUGGUCUCAAAGGUGACGCCUCCCUACAAGCAGGACUAUCGUACACGCACAUCGCAACUGCACCUCAGUUCAAGGCGUUAAGGAGACGAUCGAACUAUCCUGCCAUCCUUUGUGGUAUCAUGGGCAACCUGCUUGAAAUCGGGGUUGCGAUAUAUACCGACGGGACUUACUACAAUUUGCUGUUGUCUGAGCGUCUGCACUUGGGAUUCCACUCUGCAAAGAACGUCCUCCGUCUUUCUCGAGCAUUCGCGGCCACUCGAAGCGCCAUGUCUCACCUCACAGCGUUCUACAAACAACUCAACGCCGCCCCACCUCCCCAAGGCGAGGCAGUUUUAUUGGCCAAAACCGAAAGAGAACGACAGUCGGGCAUUUACCUCGCCACCAUGCCUCGGAUGUCUUCAAACGUCGGUGAGGAUCGGAUGGUGUCCUCUUCGUCUCUUGACGCACCUGCCGAUAGCGUCGAGGUAGUCGUGAAGUUCACCGAGCGAUAUCAUCCCGACGCGCACAAACUGCUUGCGGCCGAGCACCUAGCGCCAGCGCUGCACGCCUGUGUCCCGGUAUACGGCGACUUAUUCAUGGUCGUGAUGGACCGCGUCCACGGCACGAUAGCCUGGGAAUCGGCCACGCGGAACGAGCUCCUGCCACAUCGCAUCUACGAGGAUGUCCGGCGUGCCAUUGCGCUGCUCCACUCGCACGACCUCGUCUUCGGCGACCUCCGUACCCCGAACAUCAUGGUUGUCCCUGGUGGAUCUGGCCCUGACGACGGACCUCGGGGUAUGCUUAUCGACUUUGACUGGGUCGGAACGCAUGGUCGUAGUAGAUAUCCCGCUUCUUUGGACGAGGGUCUUCCGGACUGGGGGACAAGCGGUAUCCAGCGACACGGGAUCAUGGACAAGGCACACGAUAACGCGAUGUUAGAUCGGUUUGAGAAGCAAUGCCAUCCGGCCGGUGUACCAGUAUAAUACAUUAUCGCCACCCUUCCUAUUGUAGCUCAUCGUCGUUUUGUCCACGCGAAUCAAUGGCAUGUUGAAAU